CGUGUCACCCACACCUCUGUCUCCAUCAUCUCCGUCGCCAUCCUGCAGCCAUGUCCUACCCAGUGACCAGUCAGCCCCAGUGUGCCAGCAGCUGCUACCAGACCCAGCUCAGUGACUGGCACACCGGCCUCACGGACUGCUGCAACGACAUGCCCGUCUGUCUGUGCGGCACUUUCGCCCCGCUGUGCCUCGCCUGCCGCAUCUCCGACGACUUCGGCGAGUGCUGCUGCACGCCCUACCUGCCCGGAGGCCUGCACUCCCUGCGCACCGGCAUGCGCGAGCGCUACCGCAUCCAGGGCUCUAUCGGGCACGACUGGGCGGCCCUCACCUUCUGUUUGCCCUGCGCCCUCUGUCAGAUGGCGCGGGAACUGAAGAUCCGAGAGUAACGAAGUGUCUCCCCCACCCUCCGCCUCUCCCGUCCAUCCCGCCCGGGCCCCUCGGCCCCUUCCCGGGAGGGCCUGCCCCUCCGCCCUAUCCCGCCGCCUGAAAUACACCCACAAUAAAAACCUGAAAACCAA